CGCAGUUUGUUUUGAUUUCUUCUGAUCGGUUUUGUUAGACCAGCUUGGAAGAAAAGGAACUAGUGCAGAUUGUUGUCAAGUUCCAAUGUCCUGCUGACGAAUGAAAAAUGGGGAUUUGUGCUCCGUGCGGAUGAGAGAAUUUGAUUCUCAAGUAAAUUAUUUAUCUUUUGUCGUCCUUACGGGUCUUGAUGACCUUAAGUAUCGGAAUUGAAGUCGAAAGCUGAUAACUUGGAAACCUCAGAAUGCAAAUUGUUAUUAAGAAUGAAGCUUCAAAUGCUUUCUUGAUGAUUCUUUCAGGGUGUGUAAUUGCCAAGGUGUCAAGACUUUUGGGGUUAUUCCACAAAGUAAGGCGCCAAUUCAGCCUAUACUCAAGAGACGUAUCCUGAUGGCAGAAUCGUCAAAUCAAGGGAGGAGACAUCAAGCUUUUCAAGCAAUGAUUGCUUUGGGCUUUGAAUGGGUUGAGGUUGAUCGAGCCCUCGAAGAUUUGCUGCAGUUCUAUGAUUUCAAUUGGGACUACAUCGAGGCCAACAGUUACUAUAACCUGGUGGAUUGGAUUUUGAACCGUAGACCUAUUUUGGUUACAAAUCUGGCAUAUCAAGAGAAGGAUACGCAACGCUCAGAACCCGUGAUCACUGAGCUUAGUCGAUUACAAGCUUUGCACCCCAUUUUGUUGCCAUUGGAAUUACCAGUUGACAGGUCAAGCCUGGCGGAAGAUGAAGGCCCAGAAGAUGGACGCAACCCACCUUCACCAGUGGACGAGUCACAAUCUGCAAGUAAAUAUCCAGUGGACCUGGAUAUGAGUCCCUUAUCCAGAAUACGAGUUCUGAAUCCCAAGGUGAAGCCUCCAAUGGAGAAGGAAGUGCCCAUAGAAGAUACAGCAAGAGUAUCAGCUCAGACGGAACACAUGAACUCUACUGCCGACUUAGGGCCCUCACCAAGUCAUUCGAGCUCAGUUUCUGUGAAGAGAUUAACGGAUCCAGCUUCACCAGAUUCAGAAUCGAAGCAAUUCGACUGUUCGAGUCAAACUGAUAAACACAUCUCAUUACAUGAAAGUGGACAAAGAGUUAUUCCCUGCGAGAGUUCGAGAACUGAGCUAGAUAAAGGGAAACAGAUAUCUCAACUCACUGAUUUGGAAGAAGGAGGGGUGUCUCAGCAAGGAGUUCGUUAUCGUCUUGACUCUAAUUUGACUUAUAAUCCCCAGCGGAACCUCCGUUUCAAAGACCGCAUCAGUACCGAAGCCACGGACCAUUAUUCAUCUCCACGAUUUCAUGAAAUGAAGGUGACCAAAGAAUAUCUAAGCGACGUUUUGACUGUUACAGGUAUGUGUUUUGGACAGAUCACUGCUCAUUCUGAAUAUUCAGAAAUGCAGUGUGAAACAUUCAGCACAUUUGAUUUUGAACCCUCAACAUUAGAUACUAUCCAGGUUCUUGUUAGAGAAAUGAGCCACGAGUACUUUUGUCAUACGUCACGAGCGUCAAGUUUAAGCUCAGGGUCUAGUUCAGGAUCCACAAGUACUUUCAUCUCACCUUUUGAAGAUGCUGAAAGCCCACCCGAGUCACCUACGGUUCCUAAGCCUUAACACGUUAACAGAACUCCGUUGAGGACUGAAUGGAGUUGCGUUCCCUAUAGGAUUUAGCAUAUUGAUUACCUUUAUUACUUACGACACUUACUAAUAACAAGUCAUCUAUGCUAAGAAAUGUCUGAGUGCAAGUUAUGUAAAUCCUUUGACAAGCUCCUCGUGCUCUAUAAUAAUGACGGUAGCAACUAUUGUUUAUCUUUUAUCAUUAUAUCAUAUGAAAUUGUCUUUGAUCUUAAACUCAACGUCAUAUGUUUGUUUCUUCCCAGGUCAUAAAUAAACUACUGAAAUAAUACAGUUCUGAAUGUAUCAUAGCAACACAUAGGCUAAGUAUAUUUGUUUGACUAACAUUAAAACUUGAUCUCAGUCAUCGUUUGAAAGACACUAUUUGAAUUAAGUACAAGUUGUAGUUGGCUUCUCAGCGAGUUGAAAUUCUUCCAACAGUUUGAAUAUCUAAUCGAUCGAAAGGUACUUAUGAAUGGCAGCAGAUUAGAAUUUCACUGAAUGUAGAGCUGUUCUUGUCAAGCAUGUAGCAAUUUUCCAUAGAGUUGGGUCCUAAUGUGAACUUGGUCCAAGCAUGACAAAUGAAUACUUAUCUGUAAGAUGAUGAUUAAAACCCUUCGUACGGUUGUAGAUCAAACACAUAAAAAAAUGAAAAAAAACGAGAAACGUUUACAUAUAGCAAAUUUGCUAAGUUAAAAAGUGUUUCAGAAGAGAUACUAAGGUACCUGAAU